UGUUAAAAAAUAGUCUUGUAGGACCUGGAAACUACCGUGCUCGAUAUUUUCAAAAUCUCAUCCAUCGUAGCUUAUCUAUGAAAUCUCGGCAUAGAAUGCAUUAGGUAGAAAACUCCAUCGACUAUUAAAAUUGCUAUUUAAAUUUAAGUUGAGCGUUUAACAUUAUAGAAAAAAAACUCAAAAAAAAUACGUUGUUGCUAAACUUUUUCCAUCACCUUACUUCAUAAUGUUAUUACGAGACAUUAUUGAUAUAUGGUUUUUAAAUCAUAUAUCAACGUCUGUCACAGUCGGGAAGGGAAGGGAGACAAAUUUUUAUUUCUGUACGAUAGAAACGUAGGUCUCUGCGAAGAGAGUAACAGACAUUACCAUGGAAAUAUCGCAGACGUCUUAGUAAUAAUCAUUUCCCUUCGUAUCCUGUCCCGUAAAAUCUCGUUAUUUUCCUUGACCCAGAAGCAAUACAAAAAUAUCGUUGUGUCAAAGAAGAAUACAUCUUUUUUUAUACCACUAAUAGGCAGUUUGUAUUCAUAUAAAUAGUUAUUAGACAAGCUAACUAUCUUUUAAUACAUAUGAUUGGCAGCACAAUACCAAUCCAAGAACAUCUAUGAGUGGAGAGGAAAUUAAUAAUUUUGUUACUUAUCAAAUGAAAUAUUGAAAUAUUAAUGAAAAUUUACUUGUCUAUUAGUGAACAUAUUUGAAGGCACCUAAUAGUAGUUUUUUCUGCAAUGUUAUUUAUUUAAAUACUAAAAUAUUUCUUUUAGAAAUAAGAAGUUUCAAAGUUACGACGCAUUCUAAUAUAUGAAUUUAGGAAAUUCGAGACAUCGAUUUUUUCUUGAUAGUUCCGCGGAACGGGACAAACGAAGUUUGGGACUGUCCUGCAGACCUCUAUGUUUCACAUUUUAAUCCCACAAGGAUUGCGUUAAUAGGAAACUCGAAGUUGAAUGUAGACUGUAUUUGAAAUUUUGUAGGAUUAUUAUUCAUCUGGUCGAAUGCUUAUGCGACUUGCUGAAGCUGUGGGUCGUUUGGUUCUUGCUGGUCGUGAAUUAACAAAAUUAACUGGUUUUACAACACGUGUAACAGAUUUAAUUGGAGUUCUAUCAGAUGUCAAUCAAGGUAUUUAUGUUCGUACGGGAAUUAAUAAUACAAUAAUGGAUACAAAAAAUAAUGAAGGACGAAUUCGUACACAAGAUGGAAUUAUAAAAUUUGAAAAUGUUAAACUUAUGACACCAAAUGGUGAUGUUUUAAUUGAAAAUCUUAAUUUUACAGUACAAUCAGGUCAAAAUGUUAUUGUUGUUGGACCAAAUGGAUGUGGAAAAUCAAGUUUAUUUCGUACAAUUGGUGAAUUAUGGCCACUUGCAAGUGGAACAUUAACAAAACCAGGUAGUGGACAUUUAUUUUAUAUACCUCAAAAACCAUAUAUGACAAUUGGUACAUUACGUGAUCAAAUUAUUUAUCCUGAUUCAUAUUAUGAUAUGCGUCGUAAAGGAAUUAAAGAUGAUAAUUUAAAUGAAUUACUUGAUAAAGUUCAAUUAACAUAUUUAGUACAACGAGAAGGUGGUUUUGAUGGUGUACAAGAUUGGAUGGAUGUACUUUCAGGUGGAGAAAAACAACGUAUUGCUGUAAAUAUUUUAUUUCAUUAUUGUUUUCUACAAAAAAAAAAAAAAAGACAAAUUUUCAUUAUUAUGAUCUGA